AAGUCACGUGACGCGGUCAUCCGCUUGCCCGACCGCUCUCUUUCAUGUUGACACCUCCGCGUCGCAUUGUGUAUUCGCCUAGGCUCCCGAUCUCACUCUCGCACCGUCGCCUAGCUCUCACUGCUCACUUUCACUUUCACUCGCACCCGCCCACUGCUCACUCGCCUACGCCGAGCGAGCCUCCACUGCCAUAAGUGCCUGUGGCGUGCGCACAGACCCGAUCGGUCCGCCGCAAACAGAGGUACAGAGGGCGGCGCCGAGUGAUCGGGCUCGCACUCUCGUUCCAUUGCCCACUUUGAGCAGCACAAGUAGCUCUUCACUCGCCACCGUCUUCUCUACUCACUUCGCCAUGAUCCGCCGCGACGACGAAGGCAAUCUUUGCGACGCGGGCAGUCACUACGACGCAGGCAGUCACCACACAGACAGUAACCACGUAGGCCCCGCCUCAGCCCCCGCCCCCGCGCCCGCGCUCGACGUCACCUCCUUCCCCCACAUCCUGGACCGCAUCGUGCUCUUCGCGCCCCACGCGGCCCUCGUCGCGCUGUCCCAAACAAGCCGCGCACUGCGCGACCACACGCGCCCCCUGCUAUUCGAGCAUGUCCGCCUCUGCGACCACCUCCCCUUCCGCUCAAAGCUGCACCUUACGACGGCCUCGCGUCCCCGCAUCCGCCUCGCGACACUCCCUGGCGCGUCCCCCGCCGAGCUCGCGCACACCCACACGCUCGACAUGGACUUGCAUCCGACAUGCGAUUCCGCAGUGCACUUUCCGCGCCUCGCGGUGCUGCGGCGCGCCCCGCGCUCCGCCAUGUGCCGGUACGUGGAGCAGACGCCGGCCGCGCACACGGUGGUGGACACGGUGCUUUUACUGGGCAGUGAUUACGAGGGGCGCGGCGGUUUGCACACCGUCACCUACCUCCCGCCGUACUGGACGGAGCACCACGUCGUCCACAUUACGUGGGACGCGCGCGCGGACGUCCGCAUAAAAUUCGACGACCCGCCGGGGGGCGUGCGCCGCACCAUCGUUCUCCAUCCGUCGGGCGGGACGCUGCGUCUCGCGGAUAUCCAGCGCGCCACGGUCGUCGGUGUAGAGCGCGGGGGUGCGAGGGUGGAGGGGCGCGAGCUGCAGUUCGAGACGUACGAGGCGUGGCGCGCGGGCGAGGGGCGCAUGCUCACGGCGUGGGAGUCGUAGGACAAGGCGGCGCGCGUGCUGCCGUACUAUCUGCCAGCUAUGAAUUUACAGUUCACGGGGUUGGAUGCGUUGUCCGUGUGUCUACGGUUAGCGGCCACUGCAGGAGUGGUCUUAUGAUGCGGGACUGGGGCAGGGUGACUUGUCAUAGUUGGUUAGUGAGGCCGCGCUGUGAUC